AUGCCUCAAAAAGAUGAGGAAGAAAAAAACUAUGACAGCGAUUCCGAGGAUUCUGACAGGUUCAAGGUAUACGUUGAAAAUAUGGAAUUCAUCCAAGAACACAAUGAAAAGUUCAACAAGCAGCUUGCGUCGCACAGCGUUGAGUUGAAUCAUUUCGGAGACAUGAGCUCGGCAAACUCUCUCAUGGGCUGGUUCACUCAUGCUCAGACUGAAUUCAGGUCACGAGUCUGGCGUCUGAACGAAUUUGAGCAUUUGGCCGGCUGCGGAAAUGUGAGCGAAAUGGAGGACGACGAGUACAAUGCCGACGUAAAUAUCACGGCACUUCUUGGCGAAGGUGAGAUACCAGAGUAUGUCGACUGGCGGGAGAGGGGCUUCCUGACACCCGUGAAAAGCCAAGGUCGCUGUGAGCUCACGCCAGAUGGCAUCCGAGAGAAGGCCAUGACUUCAACCUUUAUGACACUGGCAUGCGAGACCCAUUGCAACAUCUCUGGCCUUCUGGACUGCAGUUUUAGAUGUCCUGGACUGUUGAAGGCGGAUCAUCAGGAGCCCUUGGUUUGA